AUGGCUCGUGGCCGCUCUUCCCUCACUGCUGUCCUCGCCCUUGCCGCCUUGGUAGCAAAGAGGGUCAAGAGGGUGGUGGCUGCCGUCGUCAUUGGCCGCCUGAGCCCAUCCUUCGUACCUGCUCCCCAGGCCGUUGCGCGCGUUGAGCUCCAGCAGGCAACUGGCGCCGUCGUGGCCGCCGGCCUCGCGGCCGUCUCUGCUCCUCAGCCGGCCCUGGCUGCUCGAGCCUCGGACGAGGACGACGAGGGCUUCGACGUGCGCAUCCUCGCCGUGCUGGCCCUGCCACUGUUCGCCAUUUCCUGGGCCCUCUUCAACGUGUGGCGUGUGGCCUUCCGCCAAGUGGUGCGAAUCGGCGAGAGCGCCAAGGGCAACUCCUACUGA